AUGUUCGGUGUGGUUGGCUUUCCAAUCAUCGAAGUUGGAGUGGCUGCUCAAGCGUUUGGGAUUAAAUAUGUUGGAUGCAGAAAUGAGCAGGCAGCUUGUUAUGCAGCUCAAGCAAUGGGUUACCUGACAAGGAAGCCCGCAGUUUGCCUGGUAGUAUCGGGUCCAGGUCUGCUACAUGCCAUUGGAGGUCUUGCCAACGCGACUGUGAAUUGCUGGCCUAUGAUUUGCAUCGGUGGUUCGUCAGAUGUGGAUCAGGAGAAUCGAGGAGCUUUCCAGGAAUGGCCACAGGUUGAGUCGGCUCGGCUCGCUUGCAAACACGUUAGCCGACCUACGACACUACAUGCGAUUCCAUUUCACGUUGAAAAGGCAGUGAGGGAAUGCAUGUAUGGCCGCCCAGGUGCCGUCUAUAUUGAUAUUCCAGGCAAUCUCGUGCUCUCCACGAUCGAAGAAGAUCAGAUCCCGAAGGUGUCAGUGGUGCCGCUACCAGCUCCAGUAUCUCAUCCACCCGUCCAGAUUGUACGUAACGCCAUUCGAAACCAUCAAGCAAGCACAGAGGCCGCUCGUCAUUGUAGGAAAAGGAGCAGCAUGGUCCGAACGUGGUCCUACAAUGGUACAACAAUUUCUCAUAAAAAGUGGACUUCCAUGGCUCGCAACUCCUGGAGGAAAAGGCGUCUGUACAGAUUCGCAUCCGAGAUCGGUAGCACCUGCUCGUUCGUUUGCGCUUCGUGA